AUGCGUCUCCACGAGAAAUUCGGUCAUGUCUUGACAUGGACAACACUGGUCAAUGCCCUACCAUCGACAUCCGGACAAAUCAAUCAGCCUUCAUGUCGUUUCGCGCAUAAACAUUCCCAAAAGCAGAUCCUCCAUGAUCCUACUGGUUUUAUCUACGAUAUGCUGUACUGGGAGGGCAAGUUCCAUCAGAACAACAUCUCAUACAACAGCAACAAUGGUAUCUCCUACGACGGCACCAACAUCGACUGGGUGACCGGAAAGGCAACGGUCAAGCACACCUUCAGUGCCGCUAGCAAAGAGUCCCUCCAAAUCAUGCUGUAUACCCACGCUGUUGCUGGCUCUCCAGAGGCUGCUCGGUUCCUCUCGCCUGAGAACUCAGCAGAGGCCCCCAGAAUCGCCGCUUAUAUUAUGCAGAAAAAGUUACAGACUUAUCUCAAAUUCAAUGAGACUUAUCCAGGCUUUGGCGGCUUCUUGCCCUGGGUCUCGGCAGAUACUCAGGAUAUGACUCCAAGACCGGACUGGGUCAAUCGCGUCCCUGGUCUUGAUAAUGGUGAACUUGUGUGGGCUGUAUACGGUUUCAUUCAGGCCCUUGAGAACACGGGCAAUAAGAACUAUCAAGAACUCGCCCAAAAAUGGCAGGUCUGGAUGGACUACACUAAGACUACCGCCGCCAAGAUCUUUUACAAAGGCAAUGGCCGGGUUUGUACCGUGAUUGAUAUCAAAGAUCAAUCCCUUCCCGUCAACCACCCGGAUCAGUCAUACCUAUGUGAGACUAAAGAUUUACUCGACGACCCUUUCGAGGGCGAGAUUUUCACUUUUUGGCUACAAUUCUUCGGCGGUCUGUCAAAAGCCGACAAACAGGCGCUGUGGGAAGUUAAAAAAUCCCAGUUGGUGAGCGUUGACUAUAAAAUGGGCGAAUUCGGACCUAUCACUGUCCAAAAGGAUCAGAGACGGUGGCUGAAUUCCGAGACAGGAUUUUGGUUCUCCAGCCACGAAACCUGGAAAGUAUUGCAGAUGCCCUACUAUGACAUCGACCUUGUCCGUCGCGUAUUUGCAAACGCCGAGCGAGUUCGGACCUGCAACUCAGUCGCCACGAAAUUGCCCGGCAUGUUCGCCUCAAUUAACAACAUCACCGAUCCCUCCACUGGCGAUGUAACAGGCUACAUCUCAAACGCCGGUAUCCCCUCUAUCUCGAACCAGACUGUCCAGGAACUAGACGUCAUUACCCCGUAUAGUGUAUUCCCGACAAUCUUGAUCAACAAGUCUGUCGGACUUGUCUGGUGGAGAAGUAUGGUUGUUGCUAAGAAAAUGCAGAAUAUAUAUGGCAGCACUGAAUCCACUCGUAUUGAUGGAACUGGUGUUUCUGCACUCCUGACUUGGGACAGCAAGGUCACCACGGUAGUUGCAAUUUUGGGGGGGGUGACCAAUUUUGUUCGUCAGAAGAUGAAGGCAGAUAAUAUAUAUGAUGAGUUUGUAGGCAUCAUUGAGGCUGAGUACUCUCGAGUCUUUACGCAUCUUGAAGGUGAAGACGUCGACUUCUGCCUCCCGCAGGAGACUGUUCCUGAUGUAGGAUUGGUCGAUUUUACUCUUUGCAAAUAG